AUGUUAGUAUUAAAUAACCACACUUUUUAUAAUGAAAAUCCCAAAAGAAGCUGGGUCAGUUUUUUUGCUGAUAAUAGGAAGCAGGGAAGUGGUUUAAAUUUGAACUAUAUCCCCCCUGAAUCUAAUGAUAGGGUUUCAUUUAAUGAAGAUGAGUGGAAUGAGGGGAUUUCUACCUGGCAAUCUUCUCUUGUAGGUCAGGUGAUGGGCUUGAAUGUUAAGUUGGAAGGAUUUAUUCAUAAAGUUUGGACUCCUCUGGCAAAACCUGAGAUUAGUCUCCUUAAAGCUGGGGUGUUCCUUUUCAAGUUUAAAAAUAAAGAAGAUAUGAAUAAUAUUCUCUUAUCUGGUCCCUGGUUUUUUGGUUCUCGUCCAAUGUUGUUGAAGCCUUUGUCUGUGGGGGAUGAUUUUGAGAAGUUAAAUGAUUGCAUUUAUCCUUUAUGGAUACAGCUACCAGCUCUUAAGUUGAAUUUAUGGAAUGCUAAAGGGAUCAAUAAAAUUUCUAGCAUAAUUGGUCGCCCUAUAGCUACAGAUAUGUUAACUGCCAAUAUGCAAAGACUGGCAUAUGCCAGAGUUCUAGUUGAAGUGAAAAUGCCCUCUCCUCUCCCAGAUAAAAUUGCAAUUCAAGGGCCUGAUGGUUCACAAUAUCUUCAGAAAGUGUUCUAUGAGCUUAAGCCUAGAUGGUGUGACCACUGUAAGAAUGUAGGCCACGAUACUAAGUUCUGUAAAAAGUUUUAUCCUGCACAAAAAUGGAUCCCUAAGCAAAAGGAUACUGUAUCUGAUUCCAAACAGGCAACUGUUCUGAUACCUAAUGCUACUGAUAAAGGUGUAAAUCCUGUUGUUGUGAAUCAGCUUCCUACUAAAGUUGUUACCUCUUCUGUGAAUUCUGGAGCUGAAGUGCUAUCAAAAAAUACAAAUGAAGUGGUCUUUCCAGCUGAUACAAACAGUGCUGUGCAGGUGCAUGUUCAGCCUGUUUUGAACUUUAACAAAGGAAAGGAUGCUGUUCUCCCUGGUAGUUCAUGGCCUCAAGUGCACAGAAAUAAAAGUAAAGGAGUUAACCCCUUCUCUCCUCUCACUAACUUGAUUUCUGCAUUGGACCCCUCAACUAUUGAUAGAGGGGGUGAAAACCUAUGA